CAUAUACUACAAUCAUUCCUCUGCAUAUAUAAUCUUAAUUCUUCCUAUAUCAAGAAAAUGAGUAUCACAAAGUUUGAUUUUGCUUUUUUCAUGAAUUCCAUGGUCAUAAGUCUAGCUUUGUUAAUCCAUUUUUCUCAAGCCCAAAACACUCCACAAGAUUAUCUCGCAGCUCAUAAUGCAGCUAGGGGGAAUGUAAGUGUUGGUAUGGUGACUUGGGACAACAAUCUUGCAACUUAUGCUAUGAACUAUGCAAAGCAAAGAGCUGGAGAUUGUAAAUUAAUCCAUUCAGAAGGACCCUAUGGUGAAAACAUUGCCUGGGGUAGUACUUCCACCUUCACGGCAGUUGAGCUGGUAAAGCUUUGGAUUGCAGAGAAAUCCUACUACAACUAUGGAGCUAAUACGUGUAGCAUAGGAAAGGUUUGCGGGCAUUACACCCAGAUAGUUUGGAGAGAAUCCAUUCGUGUGGGUUGUGCUAGAAUAGUGUGUAAUAAUGGGGGUACGUUUGUUGUUUGCGAAUAUGAUCCUCCAGGUAAUUGGGACGGUGAAUACCCUUACUAAUGAAGCUACCCAACAGAUCUCUUGAAGAUCAUCGUUUGUUCUAAUUGAUGAUCCCUAAUUCACUAGGUUCCAUUUUUUAACUCA